CCCAGGCCUAGGUCCGCCGCCUCGCCGACUUUAUCGUCGACGCCCUCUUCGACCACCUCGCACCCGCAUUACCUCAUAUACGACGAAGAUGGGACCACGGCGGACCAGAAGAUAGAAGAGGAACGAACGGCCGCUAAUCUCGAGAGUGCCGCAACCCUACAAAACGAACAAAUAGUUUCCAGUACGGCCGGAAUCGGCGUUGGCGUUGGUAUAGGUGGAUCCGCUAAUGCCACCACAGCCGCUGCCACGGGACUGGCCGGUUAUUGGCAACACGCAACUACAGCUACCAGUUACUGGCCAUCUCUAUUCGACUGCUGGACCACACCACCAAUCUCUUCCGGUUCUCAGAGUCUUUCUCUGCCUCGUGACGACAAUUAAAUCGUUCAUCUUAUUACGAGACUUAUUGUGCCGAAUUACGAUUCGCCGCCAUUGGCUCCUGACAGUUCACUAAUUAUUUAUCUCUGGUAAAUGUAUCCUCUUCUUCUUCUUCUUA